AUGACCGUCGGGAGGCCUGCGGGAGCCUCCGGCGGCGCUCAGUGGAGCCGGCAGAGAUUUCCCCCCAAAUCCUCCCCAGACACAGAGACGGAAGAAGAGCUGUCUGGGGAUGGGCUGGUUUUGCCCAGGGCUGGCACACUCGAUGACUUCCUCAGCCCGGAGGAGGAGACGGUUUCUAAUUCUUCGGACUCCACUGGGAGCUUUUAUGAGACCCUACAGGUACUAAAGCCGAAAGGCAGGUGGUGCCUGUUGGAAUCCCUUUAUGAGAACAACCCAGACAGUGGCGAGGACUUCUCUGAAGACGAUGAGGACCUGGAGAGUUUCUUCCAAGACAAAGGCAGGGGGAAGCCCGAGGCCCAGUACCCUGUGUCUCCGAGGUGCAGCUCCCCAUGGUGCUGCAGCUCCCUGAGCAGCCUUCCCUCCGACACUCCCAAGGUUCAGCCCCAGCCACCUUCAGGCUCCAGGCCUCCCUCCCAGCACAGAAGCAUCAGCUCCUGGGCAUCAACCAUCACCGUCCCACGGCCGUUCCGCAUGACACUGCGUGAGGCCCGGAAGAAGGCGCAGUGGCUGGCCUCACCUGCUUCCUUUGAGCAGGAGAGGACGCAGGCCCAGAGGCAGGCCCAGGAGGAGGCCGAGUGCCAGCGGCAGUUCCGGGCACAGCCUGUGCCAGCACACAUCUACCUGCCCCUCUACCAGGAGAUCGUGGAGCGCAGUGAGGCCCGCAGGCAGGCAGGGAUCCAGAAGAGGAAGGAACGGCUCCUCUCUUCCCUGAAGCCCUUCAGCUUCCUCGUGAAGGAGGAGCAGAGAAAAGAAGCUGCUAAACAGAGGGAGUUGGCUGCCACAGCUAAGGCCAACGUCCCCAAGCAGAAUGCCACCAGAAGGAUCCCCAAGUCCAUUCUGGAGCCAGCCCUCGGGGACAAACUCCAAGAAGCGGAGCUCUUCAGGAAAAUUCGCAUCCAGAUGCGAGCCCUAGACAUGCUCCAGAUGGCCUCCUCCCCCAUCAUGUCCUCCAGCAGCCGGGCUGACCCCCAGCCUCGAACAGCUACCCGAACCCAGAAGGAAAAGCUUGGGUUUCUGCAGACUGACUUUGGAUUCCAGCCUCGUGUGAAUCCUGCCGUCCCUGACUACGAGGGCCUUUACAAGGCCUUCCAGAGAAGAGCUGCCAAGGGAAGGGACACCAGAGAGGUGACUCACAACAAGCCCUUCUUGCUGAGAACCGGCAGCCUGCGUCGCGCUCAGCGGCCCUGUGACACCACCACCUCUGGAGAGAGGAGGGACUCUCCACAGUCACCAGCCACACCCCUGCCAAGGAGUCGUUCUCUGAGUGGCCUUGCUUCUCUCUCUGCCAACACCCUCCCUGUGCACAUCACAGAUGCCACCAGGAGGAGGGAGUCUGCAGUCAGAAGUUCACUUGAAAAAAAGGACAAAACAGAUGAGAGUACUCAGUGGUUGGAGAUGCACAAAAAGAAGUGUCAAGCGAUGUCUAAAUCUGUGACCUUGCGUGCAAAAGCCAUGGAUCCUCAUAAAAGCCUGGAGGAAGUGUUCAAAGCAAAGCUGAAAGAGAAUCGGAACAAUGACCGUAAAAGGGCAAAAGAGUAUAAGAAAGAAUUGGAAGAAAUGAAGAAGAGAAUACAAACAAGGCCCUAUCUCUUUGAACAAGUUACCAAGGACCUUGCUAGGAAAGAAGCAGAACAACGGUAUCGAGACACCCUGAAGCAGGCUGGGCUGGAUGAAGACUUUGUGAGGAACAAGGGUGAGGGCACCAGGGCUGUACAAUGGAAGGAGCAGUCAGAAGUCCCUGAAUGUCCCAGCACCCAUGAAACUACAAAACUCGGCACCAGAAAUCCACAGCAGGAUUUAGAAGAAUCUCUACAACAGCCUACAAGCCCCAAAAAAGAACUGGAGGAGCUGUCUCAUGAAUUGCUAGAUAAUUUCAAAUCACUUGCUUAA